AUGGGUUUCCUCAAUCUGUCGCAGUGUGACUCCACCUUUAAACCAUGGAUGGCCCUGUCUUACCCCAGCACAGUUAUCAGUACUAGUUUCCAGCUGACGCCACUGCUACUUUGUGGACAAGUUGAUGGAGUGUCGUUCUACGGCGAUGGCUACAUCCACCUGCGGGCCGUGCAGCCAUCCAAUCAGACACGGCUUCAUAUACGCUUUCGAACCUCCAGCCCGGCUGGGCUGCUGCUUUUUGCUGCUGGACACAGAGACUUCUUACUGCUGGAGGUGGUCUCUGGACGUCUGCAGCUACGUGUGGAUUUUGGAUCAGGUGAACGUUCGUUACAGUCUGAAAAGCGCGUCAUUCUUAGUGACUUGGCAUGGCACUCCGCGGAGCUGAUCCAUGACCACCAUAAUGUCACCAUGACUGUGGACCGCAACUCCCAAACCAGCCUCAGCAUGCCAGGACCUGAUGUAGAACUCAACAUUGAGAGUGGGGUCUUUGUCGGCAGGGUAGUUGGGUUGAACCACGCAUCCAUUCUGAAGAACUCAACUGGCUUUAGAGGGUGCAUGGAUGAAGUUGUAUUCAGUGAGCAUAAUCUGUUGUCCACCCUAAGACCGUUUUCUGGCUACAAGACUGUCCAUGCGGUGGGUCUUGGAUGUAGUCCGCAGUUUUCUGCAGCAGAAGGAGACUCUGUCACUUUUUACAGCUCUCAAGCCUUCAUCUCUCUCCCGCCGUGGGAAGUGCUAGAGGAAGGAGUGUUUGAAUGUGAAAUUCACCCCUCUGCCAGGCAAAAGGAUGGUGUGGUCUUAUACAGCUCUGCUAUUGAUGAAGGCUUUAUCGCUAUCGAGCUCAGAGAUGGAAAAAUGGUUGCAACACUUGGAAAUGGAGUUGGGGGUAAAAUACAGUUGCGUUCCUCAACACAUCUCCACAGCAGCUACACCUGGUACCCUGUCCAGCUCCGCCUGCUGCCUCACAGCGUGCAGCUGAAAGUGGGGGAGGAGUCUCUUGAUGCCAGCCUUGGUGAGGACUUCCAGGUCUUACAGACCAAGGGGCCUCUUCUCCUGGGAGGCCUCGAUGACCAAGCCUGGAAUGAGGUAAGCCGAGCCGGGCUGCUGGCAGAAGUGGUUGGAAAAGGAGAAGGAGGCUCCUUCAAAGGCUGCCUUCGAGAAAUUAGGUUGAACGCUAGGAGAACGGGCCUUCCUCAAGCUCUCAUCACCAAAGACAUCUCUGUGGGCUGUAAGACAGAGCGGAUACAGGUCGUGACCAUCACCAGCCCAACAGAUGUUUCUGAGCUUGAUGUUACAACCACACAGUCCAUUAGCAGCAACAGCAGUGAUGACAGGAAGAAGAAUUCCAACUUCGUGACUCUCAGAAAGCUUGAUGUACCUGAGGGAGGACGUGCACUGUUGGAACCAAAACACAUUAAGGUAAAUCUGGAUUUUCGGAAGUUGGGAAUCCACCCUUCUGAGUUUAUUUUCCGUGUUGAGGUGCCGCCUGUGCAUGGCCGGCUCCAGCUGGACCGUAGCCCGGAACCUGUUAGAACAAAAGACAAGGUGGAGGAAAGAAGUACCAUAGCGAGUGUGGAGGAAGAAGGCAGGACUUUCAGUAUGCUGGACCUCUGGCAGGGCCGAGUGUUGUACAUUCACGGUGGGUCAGAGGACCUGCUUGACUUCUUCAUGUUUUCACUCUUCACCACCAAUAAGAAGGAGCUUCCUGUGUUACUGAAGGGCAAACGUCUCUACCGGUUUAACAUCCGCAUCACUCCUGUGAAUGAUGCACCAGUGCUCAAUCUGCCAGAGGGAAACCUUUUCACUCUGCUGCAGAACUCCAAACGACGGCUAACAACAGACAUCCUGAGAGUGUCAGACCCUGACAGCAGUCCUGCAGACCUCAUGUUCCGUUCACUUGGAAACCUCAACACUGAGGCUGGAUACCUCGAGCACCAGGAUUAUCCUGGCAGGGCCAUAAGCUUGUUCUCUCUGAAAGAUUUAGAAGAGGGUAAAAUCAGCUUUGUCCACACUGGAGAUCUCACCUCCAGGCUGGUACUCAGCGUCAGCGAUGGGCAGAAGUUGAGCAACACAGUCGUGUUCAGAAUUAUGGCAGUGGCACUCGAACAUAAACUUGUUAACAACACCGGGUUGGAGGUGGACCAAGGAAAGGCUAUGGUCAUCACAAGCAGGAACCUCGCCGUCCAAGUUAAUGUGGCUGAUCAGGCAGUUGAAAUUCGCUAUGAUAUAACUGUGUUGCCACAAUAUGGUGAACUCCAGAGGCUACAUUCAAGUGGCGACUGGAAACCAACAGUCUCCUUCUCACAGAAGCUCCUAGAAAAAGAACGUAUCAGAUAUCUCAGCACUUACAGGGGCCUUCAGAGUCAAAACAACAUCACUGAUCACUUCAAAUCUAACGUUAGUAUUGGGUCCUUAGCUACAGAGAAGGUUGUUUUCUGCAUUGUGAUACGCUGGAUCCACUUCAAGGUCACACGGAGUAAGAUGGAGGUGAACGGUGUUGAGAGUGCUGUUAUUACCCCCAAGGACCUCCACGCAAUAUCUAAGGGUGCCAAGCUCAACGAGAGUGACAUCUACUUCAGGCUCCUGACGGUACCAAAGAAAGGCCGCAUGUUCCUCAGUGAGAAAGUCUUAAAAAAGAACUCGACCCUCAGCCAGAAGAAUAUCACAGACGGUUUGGUAAAGUAUGACCUCCUCAGCAGGGUGUAUGAUGAUGCAAGGGAUACCUUCAGCUUCGAGGUGUUUUCAACACAUGCUACUUCGACCAGUUUCGACUUCAGAAUUAACAUCAAAGCAGAGCCGGCUGCUGUCACCGUUACAAACAAAGGUUUGUCUGUGCUGGAAGGUGGGAGUAAAGUUAUCACCAAGGACGUCCUGUUUACCUGCACAACGAGUACCCGAGAGGUCCAGUACACCAUCACCACAAGACCAAGGCACGGUCAGAUCAGGAAGAUCAACCUCUCAAACUCCACUUCUAUUAAUGACAACAUCGUGACCUUCGACAAUCAGGAUAUCAUCGAACAGAGGAUUAUGUACAUUCAUGAUGACAGUGAGACCAAGCACGAUUCUUUUACUUUUCAAAUUUCAAUUUACAAACGGCACAAAAACAACACCAGGAAGGACGAGAAAACUGAAACCAACACCUUCAAUAUCUCCAUCCAGCUUGUCAAUGAUCAGAGACCUGUCAGGGUUAUUGACAAAGUUUUCCGUGUGGCGCGUGAUGGUCAAAAGUUGCUGACGUUGGAUGACCUUCGUUACCAGGACGAUGACGUGGACUUUGAUGACAGCUGGUUGGUGUACACGCGGAGGGGAAUUCCCAUGGGCGAGUUGGUGCUGGUCAAUGACACCAGCCACAAGCUCUACGAGUUCACCCAGCAGGACAUCCAGCAGAAAAAGGUGUUGUUCAUCCACAGAGGUGUGAGCUUCGGACGCUUUGUGCUUUUCGUAUCAGAUGGAAAACAUUAUGUUUCAACACUGCUGGAGGUGGUGGCUCAGGAUCCUUUCCUACAGGUGGAGAACAACACGGGCAUCUUGGUCCAGCAGGGCGGGAUCACCACCUUGACCUCUGGCAACCUCAGCGUCUUCACGAACCUCGACAUUCGAGAACCACAAGAAGUGACCUUCGAGGUCUUCCUUCCACCUAAACAUGGCGUCCUCUGCUUUAUCGAUGGCGAUCGUGAUACCGUAACAGAAACAGACGCGAUAACGGUAUUCUCCCAGCAAGACGGUAACAAAGAUCAGCCAACAACAUCCUUCACACAGCAGGACGUCAACCAGGGGUUAGUCAUCUACCAUCAGCAGGUCGCAGGAAGCACCAACGACUCCAUUCUGCUGGAGGCCACCAACGGGGUGACAGAGGUCAGCCCGAUCAGGCUGGACAUUGAUGUCAUCCCUAUCCUCCUCCCUCUACAGGUACCAAAUCUGACCCUUGAUGAGGGGUCGUCCCUGCCGCUGACGUUGAACAACAUCCAGGUCGCCAACCAUCACUUCUCACAGAUGAAUUUUCUCUAUCGGGUCAUCAUUCCUCCACGUUAUGGACACCUGGAGCACAGCAGGAUUCCUGGCAUGCCCAUUACGGCCUUCACACAGUCUGAGGUGGAACAUGAAUAUAUUUCUUACAUCCAUGAUGGCAGCGACACACUGAGAGAUAACUUCAUCAUCGUGGCCAAUCAGACUGAAAUCAGGAAGCAUAGUCUGCCCGGCACCAUCAACAUUAAUAUCACACCUGUCAACGAUGAGACUCCUGUCGUUACAGCCAAUAAGGGAUUGAAGGUGUGGGUGGGUUCGGUGACAGAAAUCUCCACAAACGAUCUUAGCGCAGAGGACUUGGACACGCCACCUGGGGGGCUUGAAUUCAUCGUCACACCUCCCAGCAACGGCCACUUGGCUCUGAAAAGCGCCCCCUCCAGGCACAUUCUCAACUUCACCCAGAAUCACAUUCAAACUGGACAACUGGUGUUUGUGCACAGCGGUGCCUUGUCUGGUGGUUUUCACUUCCAGGUAAACGACGGCGUGAACUUUGCCCCUCGGCAGAUCUUCAGCACAACUGCAAACUCCCUGGUCAUCACCCUGCAGAGAAACAAGCAAGUGGAGGUCUAUCCAGGUUCUAUGACACCAAUCACUGAGGAGGAGCUUCAGGUGGUGACCAACGACGUCAGCGACAUCAGAAGGAACCACUCCAUCGUCUUUGCGGUGACCGCUGCUCCCAAACUUGGCCGCCUGGUUCAGCGUUUGCAUGACAACUCUACUCGGACAGUUUCUACAUUCACGCAGAGGAUGGUGAAUGAUGGUGUUGUCCUGUAUGAUCAGAACAAACCGGAGUCAGUGGAAUGGUCGGCUUCAGACUCCUUCUCUUUCACUGUGUCCUCGCCGCCUGCUUUCCUACCUCUGCACACCUUCACCAUCUUAAUCUCCUACCAGGCCAGUGAACAUCAAGACCUCCUGCACCACAGGACCAGACUGUUGAGCAAUGCAGGUGCUGUGGUGGCUGAAGGGGGCAGUGUGAUGAUUGAUACAUCCAAACUCGAUGCAACAAACCUCCUGGGCAAAGUUCCACAACCCAAACGCCAAGACCAUCAAAUCCUGUAUCGUGUAAUCUCCCUGCCACGCUAUGGUGUUCUUUCUAUACAAGGACGAAACAUCAGCAGGGACCAACCAGAUUUCUCUCAGCUUGCCCUAAACAAGUUCGGUGUCACAUAUGUCCACGACGACUCUGAGACGACCAACGACAGCUUCACUUUCCGGGCCUGGGUGGCUCCUUUGGAGUAUUCCUCUUCUUCCUCUUCUCCUUUGUCUGCUUUUUCUUCUGAUUCAUCCUUCCCUCCCCGCUAUUCAGCUUCAUCAUCCUCCCUUUCAUCGUUACACCCGGCAUCGCACUUGGUGAAGGACAGCCUGGCGAUGACAGACAUAUUCAACAUCACAGUAACGCCGGUCAAUGAUCAGCCAACACUCAUCAGGAGUAGAAACCCGAGUAUGAAGAUUGUAGUUGGUGAGCGUGUGGUACUUGGACCAGAGAAUCUGCAGGUUGAAGAUCACGACACUCCUCCUGAGGAGCUGCACUACAUCGUGGUCAGUAAACCCAACAGUGGGUACCUGACACUGGGGGCAAGACCAGAGCCGGUGACCUCGUUCACCCAAUACGAUGUCAACCACAGGCGGCUGCACUUCAUUCAGCAGGGUGAACCCUCCACUGGAGUUUUCUACUUCAACAUAACGGACGGCCAUCAUCAUCCGCUCUACAAACUCUUUAGCUUGGAAGUGAUAGAACCAGUUGUCUCCAUGGAGAACAACACUGGUCUGUCACUGGUCCAAGGUAGGGCUGCUGUUGUCUUGACAACAAACCAGCUGGCAGCUCAGACCAAUGGUCGCACCCGGGCCACUAUCACCUACACGGUCACUGCACAUCCUCGCCACGGACGCAUCGCUAUAAAUGACCAAGAGGUCAUGUCCUUUACCCACGAGGACUUACAGUCCGGCCGUGUGGUCUAUCACAUGACUGAUCUGAGUGAAUCACAGGACAGCUUCCAGAUUUCGGUGUCGGCAUCAUCGCCCGGCGUUGACUACAGAAAGAUAAUGGGACAGACGGUGCAGGUGACGGUGCGGCCGCUGAUCUACCUGAGGGAGCCGGUGAGGGUGCCCAGCGGCAUCGCUGUCAAACUGGGGAAAGCCAUGAUGGAUGCGUCAGAGCUGGCCAGAAUCACCAGAACCGACCCGGUAUUUGAGGUCCUCUCACCACCAAAACACGGCAAACUCGUUAAGAUGACCUAUGACCCGAACCGAGCAUCGGAGGUCCUGAAAUCUUUUACUUUCCGUGAUGUGGUCCAAGGCCGAGUCGCCAUUGAGGAGACUCUCAGUGACGGCACUGACCAGCAGCUCCUUGGCAACAAAUCUGCUGUCACCACAGGGCAGGGCCACACCCCAGCCACGCCCCUCAAUGAUUCUUUCAUCUUCUUACUGAAGGCUGGAAACGUGCAGCCAGCAAAGGGCGAGCUUCACUUCACCAUCUUACCCCACCACCAAAUGCGUUAUGGUCCAAGAGGUACAAAUAAAGCGGACGGUGCGAGUCGAGAACGCACGGCGGUCCGUCAGCCGGCUCACAACUGGACGACCACAGUGGGCGGAGUCAAAGCCGGUGGACGUGGGGGAUCCACAGUGCACAGUGGGCUUGGCGCCAGUUUGCACCCGCACAUUUUGUCCCAUAAGCACCACAACAGGACGCAACACAAGACGAGGGCUCACAACCGCUGGACGAACCACACGCGGACUGGGAGCCAUGGAGUGAGAUCAGGGAGCAGCCUCGAUGGCCCGGGGAACGUGCACGUCCCUCAACUCCACACUCCUUCUGCCUCUGUGAAAAAUGGCCCGGCAAACUCUCCAGAUAGCCACCUGCUUCAUGUGGAGGUCGUCCCCCGGCCCGCCUCGGACCCGCUCCUCAUUAUCCUCCCUCUGCUGGCCUGUUUGCUGCUCAUCGUAAUCCUCAUCAUUUUGAUUCUGGUGUCCCGGCAUCGCAAGGAGAAACAGGCCCGUUUACACCUCAUUCAGGAGCUGGCCGCGGUACCGGUACCCUCAGAGGACAGUCCUUACUUGGGCCGGCCUGAGCGCAGCGUUGCAAUGCCCUCCGUGGUGGUCACCCCACUUGGCUCAGCCAGUUGCCCGAGUUCACCUGUGGUGCACCUUAGUCCCAGGAGGAGAAGUCUGGCCCCCGGGAUGACAUUCUGGGGGCCGUUUGAAUCUGAUGGUGCAAGUGUGGACGGCGGUAUCACACACAGGAACAGAAAUGAAACAAGAAGUGGAGAUCCAUCAGCUGGUGCUAAAGCACUGGGGGCAGCAGAACACAAAACCGCUCCGACACCUCGGUCUCCUGCGCCGACUCUUAAAAACAACCAGUACUGGGUUUGACGGUUAUAAUCCAGAGACAAACGGUGCCUUAGAGAUGGAUUUUGGUGUAAUGAGUCUGAACAGGAUUAAUGUCACAUUCAUCUAAGAGGAAGGUCCUAAAAAGGAUGAAAAUGUGCAUGUUAAUGGAUGACGCCAUUGUAAUUUUGAUAGAAAAAAAAGCUGUGAUAUUUAAUGGAAUAAAACCUAAAGUUAGGACUGAAUGCUUCUUUUCAUAAAGUGAACAUAAAUAUGUACAGUGUUGUGACAAAUUGCUUCCACCUUUAGACAGAAUUCACACACGUUUUACAUGGUUUUGUUGUAUGGAACCCUGAGGUUUGCAGGAUUAAAGAUAAAAUGUUAUUAAAUAAAUAAUCGCAUAAAUGGAGAAAUACAGUGACAUAUGCGUCUAACGGGCUGUUAUUACCACCAUUAAGAAAAGAAAAAAAAACAAGCGCAUAGUCUGCACUAACCCACAGAGUCCUUGGGCAAAUGCUGAUACUCUUACCAGGGAUGUGUGACACUUUUCGGCAGAAGGCUUUUACAACGGUCAGUGAUUUUGACCUUUUGACUUCGAAAUCCAGACUUUUUGGGGUCACCAUGCCUAACAUGCAUACAAAGUUACCAAGUUUGGUGACAAUCAGGCAAUUAGGAAAGACAUUAUUGUGCUCAGAAUAAUUUUCCAAACUACUCCCAGUGACCCUGCCCUUUUGACACCAACAUUAGUAGGCUUCUUGGGUCGGUAUGCGUAACACAUGUACCAAGUUUGGUGACAGUCAGGUAGUUACUACUAAGUUACAAUGCUCACAAGAUUUUUACACAGUACACUCUAGUGACCUUCCCUUUGACCUUUUGACCUCAAAUUCAGUAGGCAUUUUGGGGUCACAAGAUUUUUCAAAGGUAUGCUAGGAUUCUUUGGGAACCCUAAUCCUAAGACACAUACAAAGGUUGGUCAGUUGGUCAGUUUCAAAACAACUUAUUGCCUUCACAUUUUUAGAAUGUACGCUCCAGUGUCCUUGACCUUUUGACCUCAAAAUCAAUAGCCUCCUUGGCACCACUAUGCAUAAGGUAUAUAUCAAAUUUGGUAAGAAUCAGGCCAGUACAAGUGAAGAAAUCUCGUUCAUACCUGAAAUGUCACACGACCAACCGACCGAUUGACUCCUGGCACACAGUGACGUCUCACCCACGACUACGUAUAAAGAAAAGUGAUAUCACAUAAAUAAGGUACGCUUUAUAAAGAGGAACUUUUACAACAGAUGUACAUACAUUAGCUUUAAAUAGUACACACAUUAGCUGUGUGUGUGUGUGUAAGAGAGAGAGAGACAUUUUGGAAUGUGAAGGUGAGUGUGCAUCCAUUUUUGGAGUUUUGAAAUGUAACUGUGGAUUUACAUCCUUAUAAACAUACUGCGAGUUCAAACUGCAUAAAGUAACCAAUAAAAUGUGAUGAGCUCUGAUUUGGUUACAUUUCAAAGUACUGAGCUUUUAUUUUUACACACAUAGGGAUGACAAAAAUGUGUUUUGUUUUGGGGUGUUUUUUUUUUUGUGUUUUUUUUUACGCAUUUUAACACCUGCAUGUUUGUUAUGUGCUAAGAAAAAGUUAUUUUUAAUAAAAAUAAUUGUGAAGAA